AUUCAAACCAAAAACGGCUCAUUUGGACGCUUCUGGCAAUCUUUCCUGUUACUUGGGCCAAGGUGGCAGCGGCGAUGAACGCCAGCGAAGAAGAGUGGCGCGAGAUGCUGUACAACAGCGUCGAGUGUGAACUGUGCAACGAGCCGUACGCAGAAGCUGAGGACCACACUCCCAGACUACUCAAUUGCGGGCACACUUUCUGCCAUUCUUGCCUCAGUGACUGGGCUAGCAGUGGCAGCAGUAGCAGCUCCGCCCAGAAUGCCAUCCAAUGUCCGAGUUGUCGGCGUGAAACGGUCAUUGCACCCGAGGGACUUCCCAAGAAUUUUGAAGUUCUUCGCAUCAGAGACGAGCUGGAACAGUGGACGUCCGAACGCCUGGCUGCGUUUCGAGCGCAAAGCGAAAAGGUUAUUGAGGAAAAGGAGAAAGCGGCCCUUGAAGCGGAACGCGCAGCUCAAAUCGCUCAACAAGAGGCUGAAAAGGCCGCCGAGCGAGCGCAAUCGUUGCAGCGGCAGGUUGCAAGCAGCACGAGAGAAAAGCAAGAAGCCAUCUCUGCGUCCGAGAAAGCCCAUGCUCGUGCGAUUCAAGCGGUGGUUCGCGCUGAAGAACUUCAAAACGAAACAGAAGUGCUCAAGCGGCAAGUGGAAUGGGAUGCGAUUCAACUGCAUCAGAUCAAAAAAGACGCAAGCUGCGCUGCGGCCAUCGCCGCUGAUUUGCAAACCAAAGCCGACGCCUUGCAAGCUCAGGUCGACCGGGUCAAGUCGCAGCUUUCGUUGCACUCCGGCAAGCACGAUCCAACUCGAAUGGUCGUGCUGGUGUGUGAGCCCAUCACAGUCGGCUCGUGGCUGCUACCGUACACUCGCUACACAGUCAUCUGUAUCGCAAACGAGGAUGGUCAAAUGGACCCGAUGCGCGCGGCCAAGGAGUGGGUAUGCAAGUCCAACUACCACGUCCCGCAGCUAGCGUCUGUCAAAGUGUACCGUCGAUACAGCGACUUUGUUUGGCUGCACGAAACGCUGUGCGACGCGUUUCCUGGACUAUUUGUCCCGUUUUUGCCGGAAAAACACUUUUUCAACAACAAUUCCGAUUUUGUCUCGGACCGCAUGAGGUCCCUGCAGGCCUUUCUCCGCGAAGUCCUCCGAAGCCCCGACCUUUGUCGCAGCGACGCCACGCGGUCAUUCUUGUUGCUGUCGACGGAAGAACUCGAGAAAUUCAAAGCCACCACGGAGAAGCUCCCGAAUGCCCGAGAUGUUGUCGUAGCCAGGGCGAAAUCCCCCCCAUCGUCAACCCACUCCUCCUCGUGGCUCGCUCCGGCCGCCACCGGUCAGUGGGCUUGGGGCGCCAUGUCGAAGCUGACGUCAAAAUUGGCGACGAAAGCCGGUCUUCAAAGUGUCGACGAAACUCCGGUUGAUAGCGAGCAGGCAUGGAUGAACUUGCGACGGAAGAGCUAUCAGCAAUUGUGUGCGCUGUACCAGGCGGCGGCGGAGAAAGGGGCAAUCGUUCUCAAACUCGAGCGCAAGCAAGCACGCGAUUGGAUUUUCAUGGGCCAAGGCAUGGACCAAGUCGCUCAGUUGGACAAUCGAAAACCUACUAUGUCGGCGGAGAUGAUGACGUUUGGCAUGGCGCUACGAGGGGUUCCGGACGUGACGGAGCAUGCCAUUCAGGAAACGCUUCGCAUGCACGUCCUGCACCUAGGUGCAAUUGAACAAGGAUUUGUCCGCGUGACUGCCAAAGAAGCCCUCGUCGAAGAACUCCAACAAGCCGUCGACCAAGAGGUUGAAGCGAGUGCGAAAGAAUUGAUAUCGGACCAAGUGCGUGACGAAAAGGCGCGUCUGGAACGUCAGCGAACCAGCAUCGCGGACCAGUUGAAACAGUUGGAGCCGCAGCGGUCAUUUUUCGUGGCCAAGAGCUUUGUCAAAAGCUGUGAAGACAUGCUGCAGCUAGCUACAGAAUCGCGGCAGGCGUGGGAAGCGCUGCGUGAUCGCUUGCUCCGUGUGGACUGUGCUUGAUGUAUAUAUUCAUAUUUAUCCAUUUGAUUUCGGUUUGGUAUAUGCGGCAUACGAAGGGGCAACCUUUUGCACGUAUGUCUUCAUGGAUGGCAAAUCGUACGUCACUUGGUGUUUUCCAAAGCAAAGCUCGUGGCGCGGACGACGCUGAGGUUGCGCCUUGCGUAGGCGGCCGCUCUUUGGGAUAGCAUUGGUGGAUGUCGUGGUGGUCGCGGUGGCCAUGGCGACUUCGGUUAUGGCGUCCACGAACGUCUGGACGCCAUGCUCGACGUCUUCCACUAGAAGCGUCAAGUCAUCCACGCGACCUUUCUCGGCAUUGUCCAGCGAGCAGUCGCGACGAUAAAGUACCUUAAUGCACACUUGUUCGCCAA